GACGUCUACCGGUCUCGCACAGUCGCUUGGUCGGUGAGGAAGGGAUUAGAAGUGGAGUGGAUCGCUGAGAUUUAGUUUUCAAAAUGAAUGUUUUAAGAACGUGGAAACAGUUGUCCAGACUUGGACAGACAACGGUAAGCUUCUUUAUAGUCUCAACUCGCUGUUGUCUAAUUAUAUUCCGCAGAUCUGUUCUAAAAAAUGAGUACUUUGCGAAUCAACAUGCGUGUACUGCAUGUGAUAACAAGAGACGCCGUUAGCAGUUUCCAUUAUCGUUGUUACCAAUAUCUGUAUUUUUUUACUUUGUUUUGCAAUUAUUAUGUAGCAAACUCUUCCACAAGGGCUGAUAGGCAGUUUGGUACGACUCCAGUCGACGCAAGCUCAAACUUUGGUACGUCCCAUUUAAUAUCCUGAUGUUGACUUCCUUAUAAUUAAAUUGGAAACUUUCGCUUUGUUCUUCUCUGGCAAUUCGUAACUUGAAAAAUAUCCGUUAAUUUUCUUUUCCAGAGCUUGAAAGAAACAAUGUAUCGCAUAGUCCCGGAGAAACAGAAGGAAGUUGCGGAAUUCCGGAAAACUUACGGCGAUAAAUCUUUGGGGGAGUACACAGUUGACCAGGUACUUUUCACACUCCAUGUCACGAUUUAAAGAAAUUGCGUCACAUUUUCUGUUAGAUUUUUGUCACGUUAGGGUAUAAAGGCCUAUUUUUACUAUCAUUUAAACUGUCUUAUCCAAAGUCAUCUUAUAAGAUCUCUGCUUCCCCGUUUGUUUUCCUUCGUUUGGUGUUAGAUUUUAAUACAAAAAUUAUAAAUUAAAAGGUUCGUCGGUUAAUUUUUACCUUCCAGUUCAAUGCCUAGAUCUAUAGUUGAACCAGAGUACUGAAAGGGCAAUCUGAUUGUGGUUUAUUGUAUAAUUUAGUGCUAAUGGUCAUACUUUUAAAGUGAAUCGAAAGUUUUUUUACUGUUAUUUUGGUGUAGUAUUACUGUAGCUCGAAUUAUCAUGAUAUUUGAUCAUUAAUAUUGAAUAUUAGUCAGUAUUGUUUUGAUAAAUUGUUCUUUCAACUGGAGAUUGAUUUACCGGUGAUGUAGUAACUAAACUUGCACAAUUUUGCUUGUCCAUCUCAAAUUCUAUUAUCUUUUUUGGUAAAAUUUCCGCACAGCCCCAUGCUAUUGUAAAACAAAUCUGUUUUCCCAAUGGCAAUGUAUUGUUAUAGUCAUUGUUUUCUCUAAUCAAGAACUGAAUGCAUAAUGAAGUAUGGGGCUGUGCGGAAAUUUUACCUCUUUUUUGAUCCUUAAAAUCUGAUCAUUACAACAGUUGCUCACAUGUUAAGCAAAACAUCAGGGAAGGAUUUUGGGCAAGCUGUGGUUGUGGUUUCUGGUGCUGUUAAAUGUGACAUUAUAUUGUUCAAUCAGAAACAUUCAACUUAACACAACUAUUUAAGCAUUUAUAUUGUACCACUUCUACUAAUACUUAACACUUUCACUCCCAGGAUUAAAAUAGUAAUUCUCCUGACUGUUUUCUAUACAAUUCUUAUGAUGUUGGCUUGGAGAAUUUUGUAUUUGAUCAACUGAUAAUCUUCAAAUUGAUGUUUUUCUUUAUUCUCAUUACUUGUCUGUUUGAUUUUGUAUUGAUACUGAAUGGAGAAAUUCUGCCAUGGUCACUCAAUUGGGAGUUCAGGGUUAAACCUAGUAAAUUGUAAUUUUUAUGAUAUAACAAUAAAAUCUUAUGCCAUUGAUAGAAAUUAUAUGUUUUAUGAUGCAUACUACUUUAAUUAGCAGUAAGUUGGGUUAGAUUGACAUUGAUAAGGGUGCCCUGAAUUGUUUUUUAUAGGUUUAUGGUGGUAUGCGAGGUAUCAAAGGUUUGGUUACAGAGACCUCACACUUAGAUGCAAAUGAGGUAUUGAAAGAAAAAUCUAUAAUAGUAAUAGAACCAAGUGGAGUCCAAUUCUGUCUUUAAUCAUACCAAUGAUUGACAAAAUUAGACAAUCGCAAAGUGGGAGUCUGAUUUGUUCACACAAGUAUGAUUAUGGACAGAAUUGGAAGACAUGCAGUCCUGUUACCAAUUAAUCAAAAGUAUUACAAAAUUUGAAAAAGAAACUAGACACCAUUUGCUCUAAAAAAAAAAAAAUUAUAGUUAACUUGGCAAAAUGCAAGACAACAAUGCAUGUACACGACUCAUUCUGCUUAGGGUUAGGGUUUAGUCAAAAGUAUUACAAAAUUUGAAAAAGAAACUAGACACCGUUUGCUCUAAAAAAAAAAAAUAGUUAAUGUGGCAAAAUGCAAGACAACAGUGCAUGUACAUGACUCAUUCUGUCCACUCACGUAGGUAUGACAUGUUAACUGUCCUAUUACACUGUCCAAUUACAAGCAUGAUGCAUACACUGUCCUAUUUGUUUUCAAAUUGGGCUGGUGAUAACCAAUCACUUCAAGAAUUUUGUUAUAGUUUUGGUUAAAUCCAGAAUAAAACAAUGUUCUGUGACUAUUACCCAACAGUCAGUAAUUUCACUAAUCAUUUUUUCAACAUUCCAGUAACACAGUUCAGUACGGUGUGCUAUUUACAACACAUUAUCUACUUACAAUAUAUAUAUUACAAUGAUCAAAAUAUACCGUGCAAAUCUCAGAAUACACUAUUCCAAUAUAGUAUUAACCUACAACAGACUAAUUUUGUUGGUCUUGAGUUGGUUUUGUGAGCCAUUACUAUGGAUGCACAAGAAAAUGAGUAAACUGACUCAACGUUUGUCUUUUAAGUCUGAAGAGAACACCAACACUCUCAACAUUCAUAUGAAUAACUUAUCAUUAUCUAAUAACUGCAAUGUAUGGGUAAGGUCCGAGAUACAGCUUGUGUGGAGUACUUUGGACAACUCAUUGAAAUCCGAAUUUUGUGAACCUCUUAGGAAAAGGAAAUUGGCUUGUCUUGGAAGGUUUGAAAAAUUGGGUCUAAAACCAUCAAUAAUAGAGUAUGUUAGUCUAAAUUCUGUUUAAGUUAGCAAGAGUUUCAAGAAACUGAGAGCAUUAGAAAGCAGGAUAUUAACUUGAUAUUAAGUUUCUAAUGCUAAAAGCUCCAUUUUGAGCAAUGUCUGAUUUCCUUACCAUACAAUAAUUGCAUGUCAGAUUAAAGUAGUCCAGCACAUUUUUAAGGGUAUGUAAUUUUUCCUUCAAUUUCUUUUAGGGGAUUAGGUUCCGAGGCUAUACAAUUCCAGAAUGCCAAAAGGUAUGUUCUAUCAUUUAAUGCAUAUUUGUAUGUGGAAGCUAUUUAUUGUUUGCAGUUGUAAAGGUGACUGUUCUUGUUUUUCUCAAAAGAAGAGUUAAAAAUAGUUAGUUAAUUUUUCCCAUCAUUAUAAUUUAUAAGUAUUCACCAAAGUGGAGGUGAACAGUUGUGGGUAUUUGCAGCAAGUUAAAUAUCCUCCAACUUCACCGACACUGAGAUGAAUGACUACUAUAGUAUAUGCCACACAGACUCCAAAAAACUAGUUUAUUUCUCUUGGUAUACCAAAAAAUUAGACAUAAAUUUAACUCUUGAUUUGUGGUUUUGUCUCUUCAGCUGCUCAGAGGUGAACAGUACUUGCUAUUCACUUUUGAGCUGGCUAAUCAACACACAUGAAAAACUGCUAGUAUCAGAUAUUAAAGAAAUGUUACAGAAAAGUAGUACUGAAUGUGUUCCAUCUGAUAACAGAUCUUCUUUUGACUUUCUCUGAAGCUUUUGCCCAAGGCAGAUGGCGGUGAGGAACCUUUGCCAGAAGGAAUAUUUUGGUUACUUAUGACAGGAGAAAUACCAACAAAACAGCAGGUGCGUUUGAUGAAUUUUUAUUGGUUAUUGGAUUGCAACUUUUCUAAAGGAAACACUGUAGUCCUGUGGCAUGGGCACUGGUCUCAGGAUGAAGGAGGCCCAGGUUCCUGUGUUGUAUUUUUGGGGAAGACUCCUAACUUCUACAGUACAUCUAUUUACUCAAGAGCAUAAAGUUGAAUCUUGCCCUGUAGACACCUCACUAUUACAGACACCUUGCCAUUACAGAGAAGAGCCAGCCUCCCUGGCAAAAUGCUUAAAGAAAUGACUGAAAUAAACUCCCGUUUUUAUGGACACUUUGCUAUUUUGGAAAUGUGUGCCCCCCCCUCCAGCACAACCUUCAAUUGUUUUUUUCCUCUUGCUUUAGUGGACACUUAAUCCUGAUUCACAUAAUGUAAAGUGACAUUACCAUAAGGGAAAAUAAAGACUCCAUUUUUCAGUUAGGUGCAAACAUGUCAAUUUCCUUCUUGUGGUCGCAUCUUUUUCUGGUUCAUGAGGGGUUCAUCAAGGGGUUACAAUGUAACCCCUAGAUCACAGGUCAAGAGAAGGAAGCAAAUGAUUCCCAACUGAAGAAAGCUCAUGAUUGUUAAAUAAAUAUAAAUUCUCCUUUUCUGCACCCUAGGAAAUGUAUAGAGAACAGGAUGUAGAAUAUUCACACUGAUUAAAGAGUGUUAAAGACUAAAGAAGUGUCACUGAAUUGUGUUUCGAAGGGUCAUACUACAGAUGAUCUAAUGUUGGGUUUUCAUUUUUUCAGUCUCCAUUAUUAAUUGUGCACAAACACAUCCAUAAACUCAAAACCCAUAACUUAAUAACAUAACAUACAAGUAUCUCUAUUUUUCUAUCUUAUAUAUUCUUGAAGGGGUAAAAAAAGACUCUUCAUUAAAUACUGGGCUGACAACACAAAGAAAAUGGCUACAUGGUAAUACAGAAAUCCUCAAAAUGCAGCUUUCUAUCCAAACACUGCCACUAACAUAUGGAAUAAUCCAUUUGCAAGCUGGCUUAUAAAUGUCAAAUAUCACCAUGAUAACUAUUUUUCCAUUUAGAAACACUUUCUUGACAGAUGGACAAUGCUUACUGGAUAAAUCAACUAUCCUCUAGAGAGUGUUGUAACUUCUGUCAACGCCAUUCUCUAGAUCGUGAUUUAUUCAUUUAAAAGCAUUAUAUACUUGGCCCAGGUAAAUUUACAAUGUGAGGGAAAUGGUUUUGAGGUUUUUUUCAUUCAUUUGUAACCAAAAUAGGUUGACAACUUGUCCAAAGAAUGGGCUGCCAAUGCUGACUUGCCGCCACAUGUUGUGCAGAUGUUGAACAACUUUCCUGAGACUCUGCAUCCAAUGAGCCAGUUUAGUGCAGCAAUCACAGCCAUGAACAGCGAGAGUAAAUUCACCAAGGCAUACGCAGGUGGAGCUCCUAAAGCAAAAUACUGGGAGGUAAAGCCUGAUGAAGAUUACUACUAGUACAUAUCUUAAAUUCAGGAGUUUCAAUUGUAGCAGGUAUUGAAGGGGGGGGGAGAUCUACCUGCUUGUGAAGACCUGACUACCUGCUUGUAGCCUUCACAUCAAUAUCACUGUACUCUCAACAAACAUAUAGCUAUCUUCGAAUUAAAUGACUUUUAGGAACAAAGAAGUAACAUGAGUCUGAAAAGACCUCAAAAUACAGAAGAAGAGCUUCAAAAUUUCCAAGGGAGCCCAAACUUGCCAAGGAACAGGAAGCCUUUAAGGCCCUCAAAACUACAUGACUGCCAUUGUAAACUCCCUAUUUUUGCUAUAUUUCAAGGAAAGCACUAUUAGGAGAUUGUCAGUAGAGAAUACACACAGUCUGACAUAUAAUUUUAUUUUGAAGUAACUUCUACUUUGAAAUGUAGUUUUUCUUUCACCUGUAACCAGUGGUUUCUAGAACAGAUUAGAAAAAACAAAUACUCUGAGGCUAAAGAUCAAUAGCACAAGAAAUUUUGUCUUAUUUGGACCCAACACAUUGACCAGCUCCCAGUUGGCUCAUUAGCUCAGUUGGUAGAGUGUUACACUGGUAUCGCAGAGGUCAUGGGUUCAAAUCCCGUAAGGGCCUGAAUUUUUUUUUCAGGUCCUAUUUUUCAAUUACUAGUUCUGUAGUGUUCUUAGCUGCAUGAUCUCUUAAUUUCAUUUCUUCACCACAGAGCAAAUAUAUGAAUUUCAUGUAUCUAAAAUCAGCACAAGAAAUGGUAAUGGAAAGCAAAGCAGAAUAGCAAAAAAAAGUGAACAAACAUUAUUAUUAUUAUUAAAAUCUAGGCUUUAUUUGUCACCAUCCAAAAAUAUUGACAUUUCUUAAAGUUCCUUACUCCCAAACCUGUGAACAUUUGAUUCUCUCUCCGCAGUUUACUUUUGAUGACGCCAUGGAUGUGACAGCCAAGAUCACAACAGUGGCAGCAUACAUAUACAGAAAUGUGUUCAAGGAUGGAAAAGUUACACCUGUGGAUCCAGGCAAAGAUUGGGCUGAUAACUUAUCUAGCAUGCUUGGUUUUGAGGAUCCUAUGUUUCACGAGAUGAUGCGACUGUACCUUGUUCUGCAUGCCGAUCAUGAAGGAGGAAAUGUCAGUGCUCAUACCACCCACCUUGUUGGCAGUGCUCUAUCAGAUCCCUAUCUGUGCCUUGCUGCUGGUAUGAAUGGUCUGGCGGGACCUCUUCAUGGCUUGGCUAAUCAGGUCAGUACCUGUGUUUUCAAAUGAGCUCACAGCCACUGGCUGUUCACAUAUUUUUUCAGCCUACUUUUAUGGGGAAAAUAGCCCAUUGUUGAAAACAGCACCAUGUGACAAACAUUUAUUGACAAAAAAAUGAGCUUUGUAUCUGCCAAAAUUUAUAAAAUGACAUGUAAAAAUAGAACAAACUUGCCUGAAUUCAACAAAAUUUCAGGAGUGAUUUGUUGGGAUUUGUUCUUUGAAUCUUUUUUUCAUUUUUGUAAAAAUGAGCCUAAUACUGGUAUCUACUGAAGAUAAUUCUUGUUUCAGAGUACAUGAGAUGUGUUUUAGGUGGAAAGAAAUACUCCUAACCCUUUCACUCCCAGAUCACAUUCGUAAUUCUCCUGUUUUCCACACAAUUCUUAUAGUGUCAGUUCAGAGAAUUUAGUAUUGGAUCAACUAAGUAUCCCCAAAUUGAUAUUUUUCUUCACUCUCAUCACUUGUUCGGUUGAUACUGUAUUGAUAUUGUGAGGAGAAAUGCUGUCUUGGUCACUCAUGGGAAUUAAAUUGUCAAGGGGCAUGCAUAACUUGUCACUCCAAAGGAACACUGUAAGCAAUCUUUUGAAUUCAAGAUGCAUUGGCAGGGAAAAUUUCAACCAUGUAGUGUGCUAAUAAAUAACUGUUGAAUAUACAUUCAAUUGAAUUUUGUUGGAAAUUAAGUCAUACUGAUUUUAAAGUGUGCUUUUUUCACCUCUGCCUAUGAAUUUGAUUGAUGGUUGACAAUAGAUAAUUAAAAUAUUACAUACAAAUUUCAUUAUAUUACACUUUUUUGUUAUUCAGGAAGUCUUAAUCUGGACCACAAACAUGCUAAAAGAUGUGGGAGACAACCCAUCUACAGAGAAAGUUAGGGAAUAUGUCUGGAACACUCUGUCUGGUGGGGUAAGUACCAUGCAGGGAUUUCUGCCACUUUACUUUUUGGUUGAUGGGCACUGGUUGUUUACCCUUUUAAUCAUGAGUAAAAAAAAACAAUCAAAAUGGGUGUUUAAUUCAGCUUAUUGAUACUGCAUACAAAUUGCAUGUAGCAACCUUGUUCUUUUUUCCUUUUUUUUCUUAAUAACAGCAAGUUGUGCCUGGUUUUGGACAUGCAGUUCUGAGAAAGACAGACCCCCGCUACACAGCCCAGAGAGAAUUUAGCUUAAAGCAUUUGCCAGAUGAUCCCCUGUUCAAACUUUGUGGUCAGCUGUAUGAAAUUGUUCCAAAUGUUUUGCUGGAGCAAGGAAAAGCAAAGAACCCUUGGCCUAAUGUUGAUGCUCAUAGUGGAGUUCUUCUUCAGGUAAUUGAAAUGUAUAGGAAUCUGGGGCAGGGGCCUUGGAGUAAAGGAAUUGGAAGGGAAGUUUGACACAGGAUUGGGUGGGAAGCAAGAAUGUAAUAAGUUAGGAAGUUGAAGAAAGUGAAAAAUGGCAAAUAUUUUUUUAUCAAAUAUCUGCAGUGUUUGAUAGGUGCCUUCCACAUUGUUGGAAGACCUUGCCUUGUUUGUGGGUCAGAAAAUAAUUUUCCCCCUCAACAAAAAUGAUAUCAUUCUGUUAAAUUAUUAUCAUUCUGACUAUUAAUAACAACGAUGAUAAUGAUGAGUGUGUAAUUGACAAUUUCAUGUAACUGUUUAAAUGCUUUGGGGUCUGUUUCUUAAAAGACAUGGUCACUUUAUGGGCCAGACAGGAUGAUUUUUUUUGCCAUGUUCUAGAUCAAGAUUUUGACAGUUUUGAACUUCAAACAAUGAAGAUAUCAGGAAAUGAAAACAGAAUGACCUGGAUUUUGAGCUGAGACCUGCAAUUUCAUGUGUUUACUUAGUCAUCUUUUGUUUUGAUUACAGCACUAUGGUUUGACAGAAAUGAAUUACUACACUGUCUUGUUUGGUGUAUCGCGUGCCCUGGGUGUGCUUUCAUCAUUAGUCUGGUCUCGUGCCCUGGGUCUCCCAAUUGAACGCCCGAAGAGCAUGACAACGGAAUUGCUUAAAUCAGCUGUUGGUGCUUCAUAGGCACUCCUGAAUACUUUCAAAACAAAAUAUGGAUCUUUGCUGCUGGUCUGCUUAAAGGAAACGGAACUGCAACGAUAAAACACCCAGUGUUGUUUUUAGAAACUUUUUUUUUUUUCAAAUUUUCAUUUUCUCUUCUCUAAACUUUCUUUUGUGUGCUUCAACUGGAUAUAGUAAGUAAUUAAUAAGUAUACUACAGGAAAAAUUGUAUUGGAUAAUUCAGUGUUAUUGACACUUUGACUGCACUUUUUAUUAACAAAACAGAAUAGACUCAAGUAUUUAAGAGUGAAGUGUAGGUAGUGAUAACACAUGGAUUGAAUGAUAAAGGGAAAUCAUAUUGUACCCAUGCAGUAAUUUACCUUGAUAACAGCAUAUUCUUCUCACAAUUUAUGUCCAAAGUUCUUGAUAUGAUAAUAAUUUUGUACAAGUUACACAGAAUUUCCCAAAUAAAAACUAGCUCCUCACAAUAGUGCUUUAAUUUAUCUUCUGUCUCACAUAUAAUGGUAUCGUUAAGUGAAAAGUUGACAGGGCAGGACUAUGCAAACUUAAAGACGUUUAUAAAAAAUUGCAGGAUGCAGCAUAACAAAAUUAACUGCCGUUACCAAUCACUUUCAACACUUGAUCAAUUCAUGUUUCCCAGCAAUUGUGUAAACUUAAAAAAAGGACAGUUCAAUCUAUCAAAGUCUUUGCAUCCUUCACAACAACCAAGAAACAACACACAAUUAAAAAAAGAUGAUCAUGAAAACAACACCAAAACUUUAUUGAGGUCAAACUCUUGCCCUGUUAAACAACUGGCUUUCAACCAGCUCAAAAAAGCAAAAAAAAAGCGUACUUAAAAUUAGUGAGCAGUAUGCUUAUUACAAAUAUUAAAUAAUUAUAAAAAGACUACCUAGCUA